AUGGACCUGGCAGACUUCGGAGGAGAUGCCAAGGGGCCCGUGCACCUUGACACACCUCCAACCAUGCCGGGCACACCUACUGAGGACGAGAUGGGUUCCACUCCGUUCCACUCCGUUGCGCUUGGGGCUGCGCGUCUCUGCAUGAGCCGUCCACGCCAUGUGGACGCAGCGAUCCCCGUGGGAAAGGAUGAUGAGAUCCGGAGCUACUUCCAGGAACAUGGAUUCGUCGUGGCCCAGCAGACAUUUGGGGUAGUAGAAGGCGUCUUUAGCGAUGAGGAUAUUGACAUGUCCCUGGAGGAGCUCUGGAGCAGCCAGCGCCUCUUAGGCCGCUCUGUGGAGAUCCGACGCGACGAUCCAGGGACUUGGACGAAGGAGAGAGGCUGGCCCCAACAGGACGGUGGAAAGAAUUUCCUGGAGUCAUUGGACCCCUUCCAGGAUUCGAAGUGUUGGCACCUGGCGCAAAAUCCAAACGUGGCGCACAUCGUGGCAAUGCUGUGGCGCGAUGCCUUGCAAGUCACGGAACCGGAGGAUUCCAAGGUGGUUUUCCUGGGGCGGACGCCACGCUGGGGCGUGAUGCGACCCAGCGGAGUGAAUCCUGCAUGGCGGACGUUGGAGAAUUGGCUUCACUGGGAUCAAAAUCCUUGGGCGCAGCCUGGUUUCGGAUGGAUCCAAGCUUUCGCUUGCAUCACCGCGCAGACCCCAAGCAGCGGGGGUCUCCUUUGCGUGCCAGGCUUCCACAAGCGCUGGAAAAGCUGGGGCGAAGCUCAUCCAGAAGGGAGCGUGGAGGUGGGUGGCAAGACCAUCACCCGCGACUUCGGGCAGGGCAAUCCCUUCCCAGUGCCAUUGGACGAUCCGCUGCAUGGUGAAGUGGUCCGCGUUUGUGCGCCGCGGGGGUCGCUGAUUUUGUGGGACAGUCGUUUGCCACAUCAGAACUAUCCCAACAGCAGCGAGGAUGAAUGGCGGGUAGUCUUGUACAUGAAUUUCUGGCCCUAUAAUGAGCAAAGCUACAAGGAGCGCCGUGCGCUGCUCCUGAAGCGCUUCCACGUCCUGCAGGCGCUGGGCGCUGACCGCGUCGACGCCACGUGGCCGCGGCGGCUGACGCCCUUGGGCCGCGCCGUGACGGCGGCGCCGGAGACGGUGGGGACGGUGGAGGAGAGCUGCAAGGAGGCCAUUCGUUUGACUUUCGCCGCUGGAGAAGCAGAGUUGCGGGGAGAAUUGGAAGAAUCGACCCGGCUGAUGCGGUGUGCCAUCAAGUUGUGGCCCGAAGUGGAAACAUGGUACGAGCUUCACGAUGGCCUGACGGUUGGUGAGUUGGCGCGGCAGAUCAGUGCCCUGCCACCCUGUGCCAUACAGUUGAGCCUUCGCGAAGCUGCACAGAUGUUGUUGUCUUCAGGUCAGGCAGCUGGAUGCGUGGUGGACGAGAGCGGCUCGCCAGUGGGUGUCAUCACAGAAGAUGACAUUCUGCACAGUUACGUGCAGGGCGCUCCUUGGGACACCACCGUGGGCGAAUGGUUGCGAGGAGGCGGUGGCGUGCUCUUCGAUGAGACGUCGGGAGCAGCAUCCCCCACAGCACGGGUAGCAUCAGAGCAGCCCCUGCAUGCGGCGCUGCCGGCAUUGGUCUCGGGCCAACGCAUCGUACCCAGUUUGGGACGUAGCAGCGGACGCAGCGCUUUGUUGGUGGAGAGGCAAGGGAACUAUGCGGGCGGCGUGUUGUCAGCCCUGGACGUUGUUCAAGCGCUUGCACAGCGUGCCAGCGAAAAUUUGAUGGGUGCAUUGGCAGGGACUGUGGCAGAUGUCAUGGAGCCAAUCGAUCAGGCGCCGAGGCUCCAAGUGGGCUUCACCAUGAGGGAUUUGCUGAAGGAACUGCUCCGGACGCCUUUGCGUGCAGCGCUGGUGCUGGACGAACAGGGCCACAUGGGCGGCCUGGCCACGGCAGCGGAUGCACUUUGGGCGUUUAACCAACAGAUGAGUCAGACCCUGGACGCUUGGGAGAGGCUUUCUUCCAGGCCCGGUCGUUUGGCCCCACAGAUUUGCACCAGCGCUGCUCUCUCCAGCGCCUGUAGUGCUUUCGAACGAGAAGGAGCCCGCGCUCCCUUGUUGGCCACAGAGCCUGACACUGGCGACGUGGUUGGCUUGGUGGCGCCCAGUCACAUGGUGGAAGCCGGACGACGCCGUCCCAGUCGUCACCCCGUGCCCAGCUGUGCCCCCGGGCUGAAACAGGAAAGGAUCAGGAAAGUGAAAGAAGAGCGACCAAUCAAAGAAGAAAACACAGGGGUCGCCGUGAAAUUGGAAGAAGAAGUAAAAUGUGAAGAGCCUGCGCCUAAAAAGCGGGCAGUGAUGACAAAGCCCAAGCUGGAAAUUAAGAUGGAGGACUCCGCAGUGCCCGCACCCCCGCCCCCGAGCCUCGCAGAGAUCGUCGCGCGCCGCGACACCGCGCUCUGCGACAUCGAGAUGUCGCUGACGGACGCCGUGGACGCCCUGGUCUGCAGCGGCCGCACCGCGGCCGUAGUCUUGGACAAUGAUCAGGUGCAAGGAGUCCUGACCGAGAACGAUGUCCUCGCAGCGCUUGUGGAGGGUACACCAUGGGAGUGCAAAAUCAUGGAAUGGCUCAGGGGUGGCUAUGCACGUCUCCCCGGCUUUCUGGUGCCUGCACUGACCUUGUCCUCCAGCGCCAGUGUGGUGGAUGCUGCGGCAGAGAUGACGACACUGGUGGAGGAUGGAAUGGGCUUUGCCUGCCAUCAUCUUUUGGUCUAUUCCAAGGCGCAAGCCCAACCGCACAGAAUACUUUCGGCACUGGACAUUGCUAGAGGCAUGGUGGAGAUUGUGCUGACAGAGGCGGAAGACGAAGGUCUCGAGUGCCAAGCCGCCAAGGAGGCGGCGAUGCUCACGGUGGAGCAGGUGAUGAAGGAGCGCGAGACCGUGUCCACCUGCAGACUGGGCGAUUCCUUGCACAAGGCAUUUGAAGAAAUGCAUUCAUCAAAGCAGAAUUGUGUCCUCAUCGUGGGAGGAGACGAAGAAUUUGAUGACGGAGACUGCAAGAUCGAGAUCGACGACCUCACACCAGAGGAGCAGCAGUGGCAGAAGGACCACGGCCGCGUCUAUGGCGUGAUCACCGCAGCCGAUGCCGUCCGGGCCUUCUCCGAGCAUCUGCGAGGCAACACCAGCACCGUAGCUGGCUGGCUGAGAGCUUUGGCCAAGGAGCGCCCUCCGGUGGGCUGCGGCAGCCGCUCGGUGCGCUCCGACGUGCUGCUCUCGGAGGCGGCCGACAUCAUGGCGGAGGCGGAGGUCCAUCACCUGCUGGUGCGAGAUGCCUCGACGGGCGACAACGGUGAAGUGGUCGGAGUCAUUUCAGCCUUGGACAUUGUGUGUGCCUUGGGUGCUUCAUACAGAUUCGACCUGACCUCACCUCGAUUUGUAUAG